AUGUCGGCCUCAUUAGCGCCAGAGUGCAACGAAGUGAAAGAACGCUACGACACCUGCUUCCUGAAAUGGUACAGCGAGAAAUACCUUCGAGGCACCGCGAAGACGGACGAGUGCGAGCCUCUUUUCCGGGAGUACAAAGCUUGCAUCGGGAAAGCGCUGAAGGAGAGAGGGAUCGACACGAUGCUCGAGGAGGCGAGGGCGGAUAAUGUGGAGAAUGACAGAGAGUAUUUGAAGGGGAGUAAGGGGCGUUGA